CCCGCUAAAAGAGAGCUAUGUCAAGUCUAGCGAGGAGACGGAAGACAUCGGUCCUUGGUUCGAAAAGAUGGUGGCAAGGUGGCUGCUGGGCUACCAGGAGCCACCAGGAAGCAUAUCUUCGUAAACUGUAUGCUAGAAAGAAUGAUCAGGUUAGCAAGAUCGAGGAUGUAUCCACUAAUCGACGGGAUUUGCCAAGUAACUGGGCCCCUGGUACGGUCUACGAAUUACCUUCCACCGAUGAACAUUAUUUGGACGCCUUUUUGAGGAAUCGUGAGGACGGAAACGAGGAGGAUGAUGUGGUUGGAGUUGUGGUCGGAUGUCCAGCUCUGUCUACGACGAGGGCUAGCCCUACGGAGAAAUGUGUCGAAUACCUGAAUGGCACUCACGAUGUCGUGGCGUUCGAAAACGAGCGCAAGAUAACAGGGGAGCCGGUGGUAGCCGAUUGCAGCUCCCUGCAUUCGGGUUACGAUGUCGCCGCCUCUGCAGAGAAGGUGUGCAGAAGCUGCAGGUGUCCCAGGGAGGAGCAUCAGCGAACCUCGACGGAGGCGGGCGGUCCCUCGGGACUCGGCCUCGGUCCUGGUCCACCGAUGGCCAUGGCCAUGGCUUUCCAAAGCGGGGCCGCCGGUUCUUCUCACCAGGAACCCUUCAAGAGUCCCGUGCAACCGGCUCCACCAGGCCUCGCCCUUCAGGAGGCCCUGAUGCAUCAUCAGAGGCAUUCACAGAGCGACGAUGACAGCGGAUGCGCGCUCGAAGAAUACACGUGGGUUCCACCCGGCCUUAGGCCAGAUCAAGUACACCUGUACUUCAGCGCGCUACCGGAAGACAAGAUCCCGUACGCAGGCAGCGCCGGCGAACGGGAGCGGGUAAAGCAGCUGCUACAGCAACUCCCACCGCACGACAACGAGGCACGGUAUUGCAGCGGGCUGACCGAAGAAGAGAAGCGGGAACUUAGGGUAUUCGCCGCGCAGCGGAAACGCGAAGCGCUCGGACGGGGACACGCGAGCCAGCUGGACAGGCCCCACGGCGCCGGAUGCCGCGAGUGUAGCAGGCCGAUCGCGGCCGGCGAGAUGGCGGUGGCUGCGAGCCGUGCCGGUCCAUCCGCCCUCUGGCAUCCGGCCUGCUUCGUCUGCUGCGUGUGUAGACAGCUGCUUGUUGACCUGAUAUACUUCUGGAGGGACGGCAGGCUAUACUGCGGUCGGCAUCAUGCAGAAACACUGAAGCCGAGGUGCUGUGCCUGCGACGAGAUCAUACUCGCCGACGAGUGCACCGAGGCGGAGGGGAGGGCGUGGCAUAUGAGGCACUUUGCGUGCCUUGAAUGCGAUCGACAGCUUGGUGGUCAGAGGUACGUAAUGAGAGAGGGCAGACCUUACUGCCUUCGAUGUUUCGACGCCUCGUUCGCCGAGUACUGUGACAGCUGUGGCGAACCAAUCGGUGUUGAUCAAGGGCAAAUGUCGCAUGAAGGCCAACAUUGGCACGCUACUGAAGCAUGUUUCUGCUGUGCCACUUGCCGCACAUCCCUUCUUGGACGACCGUUUCUACCACGAAGAGGUGCUAUUUAUUGCAGCAUAGCCUGUAGUAAGGGUGAACCACCAACGACGCCGAGCGAUUCUUCCGCUGGACCACCACCACCACCGCCUUCCUUUCUCAGAACUGGGCGGAGACAACCACCACCCAGCGAAGGUUCCUCAAGUCCACCACCGCCUCCGCCACCGCCACCACCUCCUGGAUCCAGACAUACUCUUUCUUCACCACGUAGUUCACCUCGGAUGAAUAGAAAGCAUCAUCAAACAUCUGCUUCUCUGGCGACGACACCUACCCAGAGUACUUUGAGUCCCGAAUUCCCGACUGAAGGAUUUCCUUCGAGUGGUUCCAGACCAAGUGGCCUUGAUCGGGUAUUACUUGAAAGGAAUCUCGAGAGACUUCUUCAGGAACGUAGUUCCCACCCGGAGGAAAACCGUAACGAAUUGGGAAGGUUGAUGCAAGCAAGAGAUCGUGAACCAUUAAGAUGCGUUCAAAAUUGUGCUCCUUCCCAUGCAUCGAGUAUGCCAGAAUUGCCACCACCUCCACGACCGUCGUCUAGAGCAUCCGCAUCGGCAUCAACGUCGACAUCAACCGGAGUAGCAGGCACAUUGUCCGGGGGUAUACUGGAGUCGGCGACGUCACCCACGACCCUCGUCGUCAGCCAAACGGAUCCUCCGACGCCGACAUCACGACGCGUGCGGUUUCAAGGGGACUUGGACGUGCAUGACCAUGUUGCUGUGUCAUCCCGCAUUACCCUAUCGCCUGGCAAUGAUAGAAAUUCAUCUUCCUCACCUUCACCUCCUCCGGCAUCAUUGUCGAGAUCGAAUGUAUCUCGAUCGAGAAGUUUACAGCCGGAGGAAGUUGCAAGCACGUCCACCUGGGGUGUCACUGGAAGCUCAAAAUCGAGAAUUGAAGGAGACGACGACGUCGAGUCUUGCUGUUCUACUUGCAGUUCGUCGAGCAGUUCUGAUGAGGCUGCUGCAUACGCUUUACCACCAAGGAGAGCGUAUGGUGGUGUCAGGAUCUCUUAUGUACCCAAUGACGCGGUAGCGUGCGCAAGGAAACGUACACCGACAUCCUCGACGUCGAAUCAAACGCAAAGGGACUCGGAAAAGUGCGUCGUGUCUUGA